CCCUCUUUCUUUAUCCCAACAAACAAAAUUACCAAACCCCUAAAUCACAGAACUCUGAGAAGAAGAUAGAGAUGACAGGCGAAGUUCCAAAAGAAGAUGGUGGUGGUGGUGGUGUUAGUCUUGAAGACUUGAGGCAGAAAAUGGUGGAUUUCGCUAAAGAAAGAGACUGGGAAAAGUAUCAUAGUCCGAGAAAUCUUCUUCUUGCUCUGGUUGGAGAAGUGGGAGAGUUAUCAGAGUGUUUUCAAUGGAAAGGUGAAGUACCAAAAGGAUUACCAGAUUGGAAAGAAGAAGAGAAACAACAUUUAGGAGAGGAAUUAUCAGAUGUUUUGUUAUAUCUAGUCCAACUCUCUCAUUACUGUGGGAUUGAUCUUGGUAAAGCUGCCCUUAGAAAAGUUCAUCUUAAUGCCAUUAAACACCCAGUCAAUCGAUACAUUUCACAAGACAAGAAGGAAUCAAGUUCUGAUGACGAUGAGAAGAAGAUCACAAACCCAGACAACAACAAUAGCAAUUGCAAUGAAAUCUCUGAAAAUUUACAGAAUUAAUCAGUUUUUUCAAUACCCUGUUUGGGGUAUUUUAUUUUGUUUGGUAGGAGGUUAAGGUCUGUUUUUCUGGAUGACCACCCUCUGUGGUGGUGGAAAAACUCUUUCUGGCAGGGAUUUGGUGGUGAAAAAAGAUUCAGAAAAAUACAUUAGAAUGAAUUAAUGUUAGUUUAAUUAUUAAGGUUUUGAGAGAUUUUGUGCUUGUGAAGAUAUGGUAUUAAAAUGUUUACUUGAUGGUGAAUAUUUCGUUGUUUA